AUGAACUCAAAACUCAUCAUUCUCUUGAUCAUUGCCACAAUUCUUAUUCACGAAACAUCAGCUCAAUACUACGGUUAUUCAAGCUACUACCCAUCAUAUUACGGUAGCUACUACGGUAAUGGAUAUGAUUAUGGAUACGGUGGCUACGGAUAUCCUGGAUAUUAUGGUUAUUACGGAAAACGAUCGGCUGAAUUUGGACCAUCUCAACAACAACACUAA